CGGAAGCGGAAGUGACGUGCCCCUGGCACUUGCGCCCUGCUCGGUGUUUACUGGCCGGGAAGGUCACCCACGUGGGGGUGCGGCUCAGACUCGGUGCGGGGAGAUGCUGAGCGCGUUGCCGGCCCCGGGACUUACCGGGCGGCGCUCGGCGCUGGCGGCUCUGGGGGCCGCGGCCGCCGCGCUCAGGCCCUUCCUGUGCGGCCUCCCCGGCUGCCGAGCUCCCCGGCGCGGCCUGGGCCAGGUGCCGCGGCAGCACCCAGACUCCAAGCUCCAGCUGCGGCUCCCGGAGGCGGCCGAGGCGGAGCGGCUGGUCCUGGAGAGGGCGCGGCCCUCCCCCCCGCUGCGCAGGUUCAUCGCCUGCCCCGACCUGGCCCGCGCCGUGCGCGCGAGCCUGGAGUGUGGCCCGGCCUGUGGCCCCGAGCCAGUCGUCCUGGAGUGCGAGCCGGGUCCUGGAGUCUUGACCCGGACGCUACUCAAUGCAGGUGCCCGAGUGGUAGCUCUGGAGAGUGACAGAGCUUUUCUUCCAGAUUUACAGUCUCUGGAGAACAGCCUACAUGGACAAUUAGAAGUUGUUUAUUGUGACUUCUUCAGAUUGGAUCCUUUGGGCUGUGGAUCUAUGAAACCACCUGCUAUGUACUCUGAAAAACUUUUUGAAAAUUUGGGCAUCUUGGCAGUUCCUUGGACAGCAGAUGUUCCUGUAAAAAUUAUUGGAUUCCUUCCCCAGAAAAAGGAAAGAAACACUCUUUGGAAGUUUAUCUUUGUCAUGUAUGAACGCAGUUCCAUAUACAGAUAUGGAAGAAUAGAACUGAACAUGUUUGUUAGUGAAAAAGAGUACAAGGUAUUGACUGCAAAACCUGGUGAACUAAGGAGUUAUCAAGCAUUAAGUGUGCUAUGGCAAACUGCCUGUGAAAUUCAGCUUCUCCACAUGGAACCUUGGUCUUCAUUUUUGACUAAUUCAAAAACCAGGGGACUUGCAAUACCGAAGAGCAUGCUGCUGCCAAACGACCACUUAUGUUUAGUACGAAUGACCCCACGGAGGGAUUUAUUUACAGGUGGCAUGACAACCACAAAUUCAUCAACUUUUAUUCAUAUGGUAAAACAGUGUCUGGCUAAACGCAAGUCUAAACUAAUUGAUAGACUUAACUCAUGGAGUCCAGACAGUGGGAGUAAAAUGUUAAGGGAGCUAGAAAUACCGGAAAACAUUAUAACAGGCAAUUUGUACCCAGAAGAGUACAGACGCCUUUUUGAAGCUAUGGAACACUCUAAAGAAUUUAGUCAAAGCUGGCUCUAUGAUGAAGUCUUGGAAAAUAACAGGAACAUAAACUUCUAAAUCUAAACCUGCUGGUUUUUAAACAAAUUAUUUGUUUCAGUGACUAUAUUGUGAUGCAAAUAAUAAGAAAUGGGCUCAAAAUUUUAGAAUUCCAUCAGUAAAGAUUAUGUUGUCCCCUGCACAAAUCAGAAGAUUAAAGUUGCAUAGAUGCAACAGCCUGUCUACACAGGGAAAAAACCUGUUUAAACCAUGUGUAGGCAUGGCAGUUAACAGGUUGUUCUGUAUGCAUGGGAUUGAAAUCAAAUGUUGCAUCUUCUCUAGCAGCAUAAUGGCAACUGUUGUUGCUCUUGGAAAUAUGGCAUAAAAUGUACUGUCUUUGUUGCUACUCUACUGUAUAUUUAUUAUAUUUUAAAUAGUAUGAGACCAAAUACUUGUGCAAUUUGGAUUUGGGUGUCAAAAUACUUAAUUAUUAUGAUUAACUCUUUCACAGUGCCCCAAAAUGUUUAGACCCUUUACAAAUAUAAGAUCUAUUUUCCUUCUCCCUGGCGUAAGGAACAUAGUCUAAAAUUGACAUGAUACAAUAAUAGUUACGAACAAAGGGGUGAGGAAAAAUGGGAGAGUGGAAAACAACAGUAGAAUAAUAUGGGUACUCAGGUUAGUUAUAUGUGUUUCUUGUUUUAAUGUAUGCUCUGCAUUAUAUAGAGUGAUGUGGUGGGGAGAGGGGAAUAUUCAUAGUAAUUUUUAAAAACUGAAAUUUCAAAAUUCAGAAGAUGUUGAUCACUCUUCUACAUACCCUGCCAUCCAUCCACAUGCAUAUAGUCUUUGCUAUCUUAUUUGCAUCUAAAAUUUUUCCACCAGACCUUUGAACAUUGUAUAAGCCAUGAAAAUUCUCUCUUCCCCACAACCUAUGCCCUUUAUAUAAUUGUUAAAAUGUGUGUUUAUUAUAUGUAUAUAAGCACAACCCACUAAAAUUUUAUUCCUAGUCAAAGUACUUGUUUACACUCUCCUCAGCUACUAUUCUCCCUCAUUAACCAACUCUUUCCUAUUUCCCCUGUCCAUUUGGUGUUGAGGCUGGUAGGGAGUGGGAGGUGUCAAGGAGUGUUCCUGUAAGUGUCUAGGUACAAGACAGCAGCAUAUCUGUUAAGUAUAGGCUUGGGUAGCUCAGAUACUGGGAAGUUGUGCUGCUUCAGUCUCUGCUAAUGGAGAAGCGUGUCUUGAUUCUCCAGGAGGGAUGGUAGGAAGCAGUGGCUGGGCCAUUAUUCCUGCCCUACUACUGCAGUCCCUGCUACUGGAGAUAAUCUGCGAACAAUCUUUUGCAAUAUUUAAAUGCUGAAACUGCCAGAAGGUCUGUUUCAUGUACUCUCCGUUCCAUCCUACAGCAUUAACUAAAUCCUGGAAUGACUCUUGUAAAUAUAGAUUCUUAUAAUAUCUAAGUGAUCACUGUUGCUGAGUUAGCAUAUAACAGGAGGAAUUUAGUUUCUGCUGUAGCAGUAAUAGGUGAUAACUGAAUGUUCUUGCUGAUGCAGCCAUCCAGCAAGAGUUAAUAUUGUAACUCCUCCUGUGCGUUUUUUUCCUCGGGCAUCAAAUGCCUGGUUCUUGUUGCAGCAAGAUAUCUGCACUAAAUCAAGAUGCUAAAGAAUAAAGGGGAGAUUGUCAUUAUAGAGUGACUGACUUACCUGUGUUAUUGAAAACACUAAAAUAUGUGAGCAGUGAAUUGGAAAAAAUAAUUUAGUGUCACUCUUAAUGCUAUUUGUUUACACACUUCAGGAGUCGGUACAUGGUAUAGUGUUUGGAGCAGAGGAUUGGGAAUUAGGAGGUUUGAGUUCUGUUUCUGGCUCUGCCAUUAACUCUAACCUUGGGCACCUCUUUGUCCCCUUAUGUAAAAUGGGGAGAGUGAUGCCUGCCUUUGUAAAGUGAGAUCCCAAAGCAGUCAACUUGGACAUCAAAACUGAAGUGCCUAUAGCUUCGCUUUAAUCUCAUGCCCUAGCCCAUUGUUGCAAUGAUCUGUUGCUGACUGCCAUAGGGCAAUGCUAUAAUGAUUAUAUUGGUCUGUUUAACAUUAAUAUUAGAGUAAAUGCAACAACUAAGUGUUCUUUUUUAAUUUUUUUUUACCCAGAGUCCAUGUGGAGGGAUUGUAUAUUUAUAAAGAAGUCCUUGUUCCGUACCAA